AUGACGAAAAAAGAGUUUGAGAGAUUGCCAAAGCAUGUCAAGCCGAUUUCCUACGAUUUGCACUUGCAUCCUAACUUGGAGACUUUCAAGUUCGCUGGAAACGUAAAAAUCCUGGUCGAUGUUUUGGAAGAAACUUCGACGAUCAAAAUGAACUCGGCGGAGAUUGAGUUUACGGACGCGAAAGUCGGCGAAAUCGGCGCCACUUGCGCUGCCGACGCCGAGACAGAAACUGUAACGAUCACUACUGCUGCGCCUCUUUCUGUUGGAAAGCAUUCUGUCGAGAUUAACUUUGUGGGAAUUCACAAUGAUGAUAUGAAGGGAUUCUACAGGACGAAGUCGACCAACAAGGACGGAGUUGCAGAGUAUUCGCUCGUGACGCAAUUUGAAGCUACUGAUGCUCGCCGCGCCCUUCCCUGCUGGGACGAGCCUGCCUGGAAGGCCACUUUCAAGGUUCGCCUCACAGUUCCAGAGGCCAAAACAGCGCUUUCGAACAUGGACGUCGUCGGCGCGAUCAAGAACGAAAACGGGACGAUCACUUACGAAUACAACGAGACGCCGAUCAUGUCGACUUACUUGCUCGCUUUCUGCGUCGGCGAAUACGAUUACGUCGAGGGCAAGACAAAGAGUGGAAUCCUCGUUCGAAUCUACACCGAAAAGGGCGUCUCGCAUCAGGGCAACUUCGCGCUCGAGUGCGGAAUCAAAUGCUUGGACUUUUACGAAGACUACUUCCAAAUCAAGUAUCCUCUCCCGAAAUGCGACAUGAUCGCCGUCGCCGAUUUCGCCGCUGGAGCGAUGGAAAACUGGGGCUUGAUUACUUACCGAUCCGUUUGCAUCCUCUUCGACGAGGAGAAAUCGACCCUCCGAACGAAGGAACGAGUCGGCAUUGUCGUCGCUCACGAAUUGGCGCAUCAGUGGUUCGGAAACUUGGUCACGAUGGAGUGGUGGACUCAUUUGUGGCUCAACGAAGGUUUCGCCACUUUCAUGGAGUACCUGGCGAUCGACAACUGCUACCCCGACUGGUCGAUUUUCGACGAGUUCAUCGGCAGCACUUUCUACCGCGCGCUCGACCUCGACGGACUGGACAGCUCCCACGCGAUCGAAGUCCCCGUCGGCCACCCUUCCGAAAUCGACGAAAUCUUCGACACGAUCUCUUACUGCAAAGGCGCGAGUGUCAUCCGAAUGCUGUACGAGUGGAUCGGCGACGCUGCUUUCCGAAAAGGCAUGAAGCAGUAUUUGACCAAGUUUUCGUACAAGAACGCGUUCACUGAGGAUCUUUGGGAGUCGCUUUCUGAAGCUUCUGGAUUGCCAGUUGGAGAUGUCAUGUCCGGCUGGACUGGCAGACUUGGCUUUCCUCUCGUUUCCGCCAAGGUCAAGUCCUGGGAUGAAAACGGUCUUACAGUAACUCUCACGCAAAAGAAAUUCUCCGCAACAAAUGGCGCCGUCGACGCUGCUUGCUGGCGAAUCCCAAUUUCCUACAUCAAAUCAACCGACAGCAAAAUCGAACAAGUUCUGAUGUCCGACGCCUCCAUCGACGUCGAAAUCAAAAACUUGCCAAAAGACGGCUGGGUGAAAUUCAACGCCGGCGCCACCGGUUUCUACCAAGUCCACUACGACGAGACGCUUUUCAACGCGAUCAAGCCAGUUGUCAAGAAUUUGACCCCUCGCGAUCGAGUCCAGGUCGAAGCCGAUCUAUACGCCGCCUGCAAAGCUGGAAUCGAGAAAUCGUCUCGUUUCCUCGACCUGGCUCGCUGCUACAAAGGCGAAAUGGACUACAACGUCUGGAACGACUUCAGCUCGAGCUUGGGCAGCUAUCGAAACUUGGCCGAGUCUCUUGGCUGCAAAGAAGAAGCAAAGGCCCUUCUCCGGGAAAUCUACUCUCCAACUGCAAGCGCGAUCGGCUUCGAAAAGAACGACAAGGACAGCCACUCGACUGGCAAUCUCCGAUCGCUCGUUUGGGGACAACUGGCCAAGUGCGAUCACGAGGAACUGAACGUCUACGCAGCCGAGAACUUUAAGAAAAUGGUGGAAGAUCCGACUUCGACGCAUUUGAAUCCAGAUAUGCAGGGCGUCGUUUUGACCACUGCUGCGCGCCAACAGAAAAGCUUGGACGAUUUGAUCAAGUUGCACACCGGUUUCCCGAUGCAGGAGCAAAAGUCAAGGACCGAAAUCGCCAUCGGAUCAGUUCAGGGAACAGAACUGAUGGCCAAAGCGAUUGAUUACGCUUUCAGUGAUGCUGUCCGUCAACAAGACAUGACUUCAUUGUUGACGACGAUUUCUGCUUCUUCGUUGGAAGGCCGCGACGCAAUUUGGGCGAUGUUGCAGAACAAAUGGGACUUCUGGAAGAACUUCAAGGGAAGCUUUAUGGAUGUAGGCUGA